CCCGGGGAGCCUCCCGGGGCUGAUUUUCCACCAUCUCCUCCGUGCUGGGAUCCCCGUGUGGGUGCCUCCCCCACGCUGCCGUGUGAUCCAUCCUGCUCUCACCGAGCCCUCACUUCCACCCUUCUCCCUCCCAUCGCCAGGGCUCAGUGCCCUAAAAAUCCAGGAGAGGAAGGUGCCAGGGGAGCUCGGGGCUGGCACGCGUGCGGCUGAGGUUAUUCACCCCGGGGCGGGGGCAGCUUCCCCGAGCAGCGCUCCUGCGUGUCCUGCUGCAUCUCCCCGAGCUCCUCUCUGCACCUUCCUCCGCCGAAACAGCUCCGGAGAGAUUUUUUUUUUUUUUUUUUUUUUUUUUUUUCCCUGGGAUCGGGACAGGCGGGUGCUCUUGUGGCAGAGAGCGGCAGAAGCAGCUGGCUCCUUCCCGGGGAAGGCAGGCAGGGAGCCGCGGCCCGGGGGCCGGAGGAUGCUCGCCGCGGUGCCCAGCCGCGGGGAUGCGGAGUUGCUAGGAGGCAGGUGAAGGUGAAGGUGGAGGUGGAGGUGAAGGUGAAGGUGAAGAGCAGAGCGCUGCGGAGCACCGCAGGCCCAGAUCCGCAUGUCAGACUAUCACCACCCCAGCGAUGGGGAGUCAGACCCCCAGCACGGCAUCACUGUGGUCUUCCUCCUCGUCCUCGUCUUCUUCAUCAUGGGGCUGGUGGGGUUCCUGAUCUGCCAUGUCCUGAAGAAGAAGGGUUACCGCUGCCGGACCUUCCGGGACGAGCUUGACCCAGAUGACAAAGAUGGGGUGGAGGAGCUCCAGGGUGAUGAUGAGGACGAGAAGAACGAUGACACUGUGGAGAAGAUCGUGAGGUGCAUCAUCCAAAACCAAGCAAACGUGGAGGCCCUCAAGGAGAUGUUGGGGGAAAAUGAAGGGGAUGUGCCAGUGCCAGUGCCCAGCCUUUGUCCCCACAGCAGCAGCCAGGACGGGGGCCCCCCUCACCACCACACGGUGCACCUGGGCUCCACGCAGGCGCCCUGCAUCCACUGCAGCAGGAGGAAGAGGCACCCACUGCAGCGCCAGGGGAGGUCCAAGGAGGGCAAAAGCAGGAUGCUGCCUGGAGAGACCACUGUCUUCUCAGUGGGCAGGUUCCGUGUCACACACAUCGGGAAGAAACCUCCGGUGCAGGAGCAGCCGGACGGAGCCGCUCGGCAGCCGAGCACGGAGGAGCUGGAGCGCAGCAGCGAGAGGCUCCAGCGGGAACGGGCUCCCAACGGGACUGUCCCCACGGCGGGGACACACGGUGGCCUGCACAACGGAGCCAUCCCCACGGGCACCCCGAGCGGCAGAAGCGCCGAGCAAAGCCUGUCCGCCAGCCCAGCCGCCAACACAGCGGCCAGCUCCGGCACCCGCGACAGCCGGAGGGCGCCCGGGGGGUCCGGCCCGGGGGGAUCCGGCCCGGGGGGAUCCGGCACGGCAGGGUCCGGCCCAGCAGGGUCCCUGCAGGAUGCUGGCUCUGCUCCUGGCAGUUCAGGUCGCCAGCGGAGGCUCAUGAGCUUGCCAGCGCUGGGAGCAUCGAGUCCCGACAUCCCGGGAGAGCUGGCGAGGGAAGGAGCCGGCAUCUGCCUGGAGGAGAUGGGACUGGAGUCGGCAGACGAGGUGUCGGAUAUUCACGGGAGCCUGAGUCUGCAGGAGCAGCCUGAGGAGCUGGGGAGAGACGAGAGCAGCAGGAAACAGCCCGGAGGGGAGGACGGGAGGCAGCAGGAGCCCAGCGCCGCGGAGCAGGACCGUGUGUGACCUCCUCUCCGCUCCCGGCUGGAGCGUGGACGGGAGCGCGCAGCCCCCGGAGCCCUCGGGGCUGGGGGGCUCUGCCGUGGGGUAGCCGUGCCCGGCCCCGGGUGGGCAGCUACGCGCUUGGCAUGGCCGGAGCGACGCGCCGGUGGCACCGAGAACCGCGCUCGGCGCCAGCCUUCAUCCCAUUGGCAAUAGGUACCCGAGUCCCACCCAGCGCACCCUCCCCGAGGUCACCGGACACCCCCCGAGGGACCCUCGGGGCUGGCAGGGGCAGGACAGCAGCCAGAGCCCGCUGCCCCCGCGGCCCCCCAGCUCCGGGGAGAGGAUCCGAGGGGGCCGUGGCGAGGGGCAGGGAUGGAGGCAGCGGCUUGAGCCCCCCACUCCCACCCCGGGGCGAUGUGGGGAGCGCCCCCAGCCCCACCCGGCACGUUCAGCACAGAGCACAGCCCCCCCACCCCAGCCGGGCACCCCUGGCACGCAGAGUGGGCACAGGCACAAAUCCUGCACCGGCAGGUCCCCGGGAGAUGCUAGCGGAGAGAGGAGCUUCCAGCCCCAUGCCACAGGCACAGGAGGGGCCGGAGCCCGGCCCUGGGGGCGGGAUGGCCCCCGGCCAGGCCAGCCCCGGGAGCUUCGGUGUGUAACGCCCUGUACAUAGACGAGCUACAACCAUUAAAGCUGCUGAACCCCUC